AUGGAGGUGCCCAGGGCUGCCCCUCAGCCAUACUUGGGGCUGGUCCUGGGAAAGCUGUGCAGGACGUUGGCAGCAGCGCCUGAAGAUCUGAGACCGGGCCCUGCUUUUCCGUGGGAAUUGGUGAUAUGUGCGGCUCUUACUGGGUUUUUUCUUCUCUUGUUUUUGUGGAGAAGUGUUCCAUUGGUUAGAAGCUGGCUUUAUGUAGGAAGAGAGAAAAAGCUUGCUGAAGAGCUUUCUGGACUAAUUGAAGAAAAAUGUAAACUACUUGAAAAAUUGAGCUUUGUUCAAGAUUAGUAUGAAGGCUUAGAGUCAGCUUUGAAGGAUGCCAGCUUUGAGAAGGAGUCAACAGAAUCACAAAGUUUGGAGGCAACCUAUGAAAAGGUGAACAGGUCCAAAUCUAAACUUGAGGAUGAAAUCGUCUUUCUAGCAAGAGAAUUAAAAGAACAGAAACCUAAACAUUCAGAGCAAGAUGAAUUGAUGGCACAUAUUUCAAAAAGGAUACAGUCCCUAGAAGAUGAAUCCAAAUCCAUCAAGUCACAAGUAGCUGAAGCCAAACUAAUCUGCAAAAUAUUUCAAAUGAAUGAAGAACGUCUGAAGGUGGCAAUAAAAGAUACGUUGAAUGAAAAUUCCCAACUUCAGGAAAGCCAGAAACAGCUUUCACAAGAAGCGGAAUUAUUGAAAGAACAAAUGAGUGAACUUAAUAAACAGAAAAUAACAUCUGAAGGCUCCAAAGUACAGGCAGAACAAGUUCUAAGUGAGAAAGACAAUCACAUCAAGUCUCUGACUGAACGCUUGCUCAAGAUGAGAGACUGGGCUGCUGUGCUUGGACAAGACAUGACGGAUGAUGACUUGGAAUUGGAGGUGAAGAGUGAAUCAAAUGGUGCUCACUUAGAUGAUCAGCCAAAAGGAGCUUUGAAGAAACUGAGUCACGCUGCUCAGUUCAAGGCUUCUUUAAAAACUCUAGAAGAAGAAAGAAACCAAAUUUACACUCAGUUGUCUGAAGUAGAUGAAACAAAGGAAGAGCUUAUAGAGUGUAUUACAAAUCUCCAGACUGAACAAGCAUCUUUACAAUCAGAAAACACACAUUUGGAAAGUGAAAAUCAGAAGCUUCAGCAGAAACUUAAAGUAAUGACUGAACUGUAUCAAGAAAAUGGAGUGAAACUCCACAGGAAAUUAAUAGUAGAGGAAAAAGACCUGUUAGAGAAGGAGGAGAAACUUUCCAAAGUGGAAGACAAGAUCAGCCAUGCAGCUGAAGAACUGGAGACCUAUAGAAGGCGAGCCAAAGUUGUGGAAGAAGAAUUGGAGAGAAGCAUUCGUUUUUACCAAGGGCAGAUGACUUCCUAUGAGAAAAAAGCGCAUGAUAAUUGGGUGGCAGCUGAGACUGCUGAAAGACACCUCAGGUAUUUAAGGAAAGUAAAUGUUUCCAAGAGGCAAAAAUUAGCUGAAAAAGAGUUUAAAUUUGAACUUUUCAAAAAAGAUCCUUAUGCACUUGAUGUUCCAAAUACAGCAUUUGGCGGAGAGCAUUCCCCAUAUGGUCCCUCACCACUGGGUCGACCUUCAUCCGAAACGAGAGCGUUUCUCCCUCCACUCAGACUCUCACCUUUGACUCCAGGACGAGGAGGAGGAAGAGGCUCAAGAGGCCCAGAGAAUACUCUGGACCAUCAGAUGACCAAUGAAAGAGGAGAAUCUGGCUGUGAUAGGUUACCUGAUUCUCAGGGAGCACCUUCUGGAUUCCUGUCACCUCCAUGGGAACAGCACUUGAGGAUGAUGAUCUCUCCACCAGGCCAACCAUGUUCUGAUCCAGCUCUUCUUCCACAAAGGCAAGACAGAUUUUAUUCUACUCCCGGUAGACCGUCUGGACCAGCAGCACUUAGAAGUUGUAGUAUGCCUUCUUUGGAUAAAGUAGAUGAGCCGAAGUCUUCACAAACGGAAUCCAGUAGAAAUGAUACCAAAGACGACCUUGGUAAUGUAAAUGUGCCUAAUUCAUCUGUGCCUGCUGAAAGUGAAGCACCUGGCCCUGGCUUUGUUCCUCCACCUUUUCCUGCAAUCAGAGGUCCAGUGUUUCCAGUGGAUAUGAGGGGUCCAUUCAUGAGAAGAGAACCUCCUUUUCCUCCACCUCCUGCAGGAAGCAUGUAUGGAGCUCCCCGCAAUUAUUUUCUACCAAGGGUUUUCCCUCCACCACCUCCAUUUGCAGCCAGAAAUGUCUAUUCACUGAGGGGCUUUCCUCCUUAUGUUCCUCUAAGAGCUGGAUUUGAACCUCCACCCCCACAUUCUGAAAGUAGGGGUGAGUUCCCUUUAGGGUUGAUUCCGCCCUCAAGUGAGCCUGCUCCUGGUCCAGAACCACAGCAAGAAACCUGA